AUGUUUGAUACAAAUGUUCCAAAUGAUAACACGUCGAAGGAGAUCAUGAAAUGCGUAGCUCUUGCUUCCCCUGGCAUCCAUGCUGUCAUCUUGGUUAUCAGGAUUGGGAGACAUACAAAAGAAGAACAGAAAACAGUUAAACUGUUUAAGGAAAACUUUGGAGACCAGCUGACAAAAUACAUGAUGAUCAUCUUUACCGGGAAAGACGACCUCGAAAACGAUGGGAUCUCACAAGAAGCAUUUGUGAAAGGUAGUCCACCUUCACUUCAGGCGCUUAUCUCUGAAUGCGGAGAAAGAGUUCACUAUUUAAACAACAGGUCUAGCAAAGAACAGAAGGACGUGUUUAGAAGGGAGCUGGUAGGUGCCAUUGACACAAUGGUGGAGGAAAAUGGUGGAAGGUGUUACGUUACCGAACGAUUUCAGAGAGCUGAGGCUAUGAUGAAGAAGAGAGAAAUCGAACUGAAGAAACGGUUUGCAGAGAAAAGUAAACCAGAAAGAGAAAAGAUACAGCAACAGUUACAAAGAUUGUUCCAUAAAGACAACCCGAUGCUCGUAAAGAUGACAAAGACAAUCACAGGAGACGCCAGAGACGCUGCGCAGAAGACUCUAGAAGCGCAAGUGAAGAGAUAUACGGAACUGGAGCUCAAGUUUGAACAAGUCAAAGCUGACAAGGACAAGCAACUGAGAGACAAAGAGGAUGAGUUAAAGAAGCUUAAGGAAGAAAAUGAACAACUGCUGGAAGCAGAACAACAGAAGUUGCAUGAGGAGAAGCUGAAGGUUGAAGAGGCGAAAAGGUUAAAGAAGGAGAUAGACGAGGUAGAAAUGAAGGAUGAAGAAGAGGCAAGAUUCCAAGCAAGGAAGGAAAUUGAGCAGGAAAAAAGAUUCUUUGAUACCUUCCGAGGGGUUUGGAAUAAAGUAAAAAGCAUGUUCACUAGUCUAGCCAAGAAAUAA